AUGGCCGCGGAGAGGUGUAAAAGGACGCCUCCAAGGAGGGAGUGGCGUCCACAGACGUCGCCGUCCAAGCUUUCGCCAGCACCUCGGACAAGCCCUAGAGAAACGGCAGCAGGCCAGAAAGCGACCGCCGACCGGCCGCAGAAGCCGCCGCACCCCAAGCCGCGCGCAGCCGUGGAAGCCGCCGUAGCCGCGCCCCACCGGCCGCCCCGGCCGCGGACGCCGCUGCAACUGCGCCCCAGGCUCCCGCAGCCGCAGGGGCUGCUGCAGACGCCGCCGACACCGUGCCCAGGCCGCGACGGGCGCCGUCGCAGCGCCCAGGCCGCCGCUGCCGUGCCCCGCCUGCACCCCGGCCGCAGCAGGCGCCGCCGCCGUACCCAGGCCGCCGAUGUCGCGUCCCGCCGCGCCCAUGCCGCCACCGACGCCGCACCCCACCGCGCCGAGGCACUGGGAGAGCAGAUCCGGCCGUCGAGGGCGUGGAUCCGGUCGCCCGCGAGGUGGAUCCGGCCGCAGGGCGCCGAGGGCAACCGCCGCCGCCAAGGACGGGCCAACCACCGAGAGGGGGGAGGAGGAGAGAAGGAGUGGGGUUGGGGCCCCGCCGCCGCCUUCAUCACGGCUGCGCGGACUUUCGGCUGCCAUUCGGGCGGCGGCGAGAUAGUGGAGCGGUCCUGGGGAGUGGCGGCGGCGCUAGGGGUGAGGUUCCGCCCGAGCCGCCCCUAG